CACGAAACUUAUGAAAGAACCCUUGUUUUUGUCUAGGCAAAAAAUGAAAAAUAAAACUUCGUAGAAUGAACUUUUAAUCCGCCAGGAAAGAAAAUUCCCGAGGAAGAAGAAAUCAAUCAGCAUUUCGGUUCUCGCUUGCGAUCGGUGCGGUUGAAAUCCUCUGCCCUAAAUUCGGUGGUUGUUCGUGGAUUCUGAUUUUCGUCCGUGGUUUCCCCCCGUCGAAGAUUUCGAAACGAUUCCAAUUUUCUUCUUUUUGCGUUCGUCUUCGUCAAAGAACAAGAAAUUUGAUUCUGAGUCAUGGCGGACGGCUUUCAGUCCUUCAGAAUGAAGGUGCUGCGGAAGGCGGAUUACGGACGAUUGGGCGGAGGGUCGCCGCUGAUCGGCGGGUCGCCGUUGGCGGCGUCCCCUGUGCUGUGUCACGGAGAACCGCCUAAAGUAGUCGUCAAGCACAGAGUCCGCAGUGGGGACACCUUGCAAGGACUGGCUUUGCGUUACGGAGCUACGAUGGAGGAAAUCAAAAGAGCCAAUAAGAUGUGGGCCAACGACCACAUCUUCUGUCACACCUACUUGAAAGUUCCGGUGGGACCCAACUACUUGUCGUCACCGUGUCGUCGCUCACACUUGCUCACUCCGUCGACACCGAUGUCGAAGAGUGGCCACGGUCAUCUGAACAUGUGCAAGAGCCACGACGAGGAUGACGUCUUCGACGCCCAGAAGCUGUUCGACAGUGGACAUAAAACGUCGAGGCAUUCGACAGGUGUCGGGACGUUGUUGCCCUGCCCUCGACAGCAGCGUCGACAGCUGGGCUCGGAAUCCAGUCCUGGAGCCCUUUUGCGACGUGUCGACAGCAGUAUCCAGUUGGCAAAGAGUCGUGUCGAGAAUUUCCAAUCGUGUGUUCUUCCCUAAAUAAGACUUCCUAGAGAAAUUUUUCAAGUUCAAGCUUUUUCUUUUAUAGAAUUCAAAAGUAGCCCACGCAGUAAAAAAAUAAAAUAAAAUAGAAUAAAUUAAGAAACGUGGUGUGAAAUAUUUAUCAUGCCUGAAAAUUUACUGGAAAUGCAAAAUUUCGCACCAGAGCCACCGAAGAGUUUAAUUUGAAUCGAGUCAUUGUUUUUUGGCAACACUUUUGACGUAACUUCGUUAAUUAGCUGAUCGCUUUCGACUGGUUGACGAUUGACUCCCCGAUUUGACACGAGUUUUUAAUGGACGGAAAAUCCCAGACCUCAAAUUGAUAUUGAAACAACUCUACAAAUUUUCAAAAUCUUUUUUAACUCUUCCUCGGCAAUUCUUAGGAGAGUAAGAUGUCAAGGUCUGUACAGGUCUUGAGAUACAUCUUCAAACCAUUCCAAUUUCAAGUUCUCAAAUACUUUACGUCGAAAAUGGAAAUGUUAUUUCGUAUCGAUUUAUUCUUGGAUCAAUUUCUAGAAAUUGCAGUCGCGUUGGCACAUUAGAAACGAACAAAAGUUCGCAUUUUUGCAAUGAAAAAAAAAUUGACGCCAUGUGUGCUUCAAGAAUUUUUCAUUUCAAAUCCAAUUCAAGCACCUUAUCUCCCGCAAUUCUGCCGUACACGCAUUCAAGAUGGACGAGAUAAUUGGCAAAAGCACGAAUUUUCUACGCGACACUCGAGGAUUUUUUUUUAAAACUCCACUCAUGAUUUUUGGAA